AUGGGGGCGGGCCCGGGCCCAGGCCCAGGGCCACGUGAGCCGGGCCUAGGGGCCGUGCUUGGCGCCAUGCUCGGGGCUGGCGGUCCCCGGGGCCGCGGCCUGCGCCUUCUGCGCGGCCUGCACGGCGGGGUCCCUCCCGCGCCCACCGCUCCGCCCGGCCGCACAGAGAAUCAGAAGGUAGUGACUAAAGUCCAGGGAACCAUCCUGACCAUCGGAAUCAACAGGCCAGAAGUCAGGAAUGCUGUGAACCAGGAGACUGCCCAGCAGCUUCUACAGGCCUUUACUGCCUUCGAAGAGAACAGUUCGCUCACCGUGGCAGUCCUCCAUGGAAUAGGAGGUAAUUUCUGUGCUGGUUAUGAUUUGAAGGAGCUGGCCCACAAUUCAACCACACUGAAAUUGGAACAAGAUGUCACUCAAGGUCCUGGUCCAAUGGGUCCCUCCCGGAUGCAGUUUUCCAAACCCGUGAUUGCUGCGGUCAGCGGCUAUGCCGUGGCCGGAGGCCUGGAGCUCUCCUUGCUUGCCGAUCUCCGGGUGGUGGAAGAGAGUGCAGUUCUCGGGGUUUUCUGCAGGCGAUUUGGAGUUCCAUUAUUAGAUGGUGGAACCGUAAGGCUACCCAGGCUCAUUGGCCUGUCGAGAGCCCUGGAUCUCAUUCUAACUGGUCGCCCCAUUGGUGCAUCGGAAGCAUAUGAGUUUGGAUUAGCCAAUCGAGUGGUCCCUGAUGGCCAAGCUCUUCAGGCUGCUAUCAAAUUAGCGGAACAGAUCUCGGCCUUCCCUCAGCAGUGCAUGCGUGGAGACAGAAGCUCUGCGUACCACAGCGUCUUUGAUGCCUCCUCCUUCACCAGUGCCAUGCAGUUUGAAUUUGACACAGGUGCCCAAGUGCUUUUGAAAGAGUCAGUCCCUGGUGCCCAAAGGUUCACUUCUGGCGAGGGACGGGGAGGAAAGUUGUGAGAACAAGUAUCCUUUUCACAGGCUAGAAAAAUAAAUGUUAUAAUAAUCCAUAAAGAACAUUUGAAUCUAAAGUGUAUUGGCAAAAUUUAGCUUGUUUCCUUCUGGAUUUCAAGUAACAUAACCUGUGCCUUAAGUAUCUCAUUCUCAUGUGUUUUGAUUCAUAGAGAAACAGUAAUAAUAGUUGUAACUGUUAGCAAAAUGAGCAUGAGUUGCUUGGGGGGGAUGAAGAGAGUAAUAUGGCACUAGAGAGCUAAAUAUUUUAAUUUCCCAAUAUUUUGGGCAUUUUAAAUUGGGUCUAUGCUAUAAAAUCAUUUUACUAUCGCUUAUUGUUUCAUGGUGCUUGUUCACAUUAAUAUGUUUCUAUUUCAUUUAAUGAAGAGUGCACUAUCUUACAACCCACAAUCUAGGUUUAUAAGAGUUAUGUGAACCUCUGAAAAAAGUUUACUAAAACUUUCAUGAGGUAGUUGGUAAAAGUUAGGUAUACUGCCUGACAGAGAAAGCAGUUGCCUGAGGAAGAUACAAGAGAAGAAUCCUCCCCAAGUUUUUCUCUCACAUGAAUGUAGGGCAACUUUAAUUGCACUCAGAACUGCCAGAACAAAUUGACUGCACCCAAUUCUGCCAGAACACUUGUUUUCCCUAUGUAUCUUGGCUAGAGCAUUGUUAGGGAAUUAAGGAAUGUUCUGACAGCGUGAACUGUUCAAACAUAGGCUGCUGUGCUGUUGAAAGAAACAGUCUGAGCAUGUUGUCAGGCACUGUGAAUUCUACAGCAUGAGUUUUCCCUUGCACAGACUUUCCAAGAACCCAAUCUCCACGUUUAGGGUGUACUGAAGUAAAUUACAGCCGGGAAGCUCUGAUUGCAAUCCAAGUCUAUUUUGGAAUUAGUAUAUGGAGUCAUGCAAAUAUCUAUAGUGUUCUAAUGAUAAAAUCAUGUACAGCUAACUCAUAAUAGCCAUAAAACCCAAACUUAUGGAGAAGAGGAUUUUUUGUUUGUUUUUAAAGUAGGCCGUUUGCUGCUUGGGUUAUCUUAUGGAACUCGUGUGAAAAUGGAUUUUCUAUUUAUUAGUUUCCCCCUUUGCCACAAGGUGUCCUCCACGAGUAGGAAAAUAUGAUGAUUUGAAUGAUACUUUGAAGCUGAAUGCUCAGCAUUUUUGAAGAUUUGACAGUGAAAGGAAAGUUUGAGUGAAUGUAAAUGUUACCACAGAGUUUUGGAUGAGAUACAUGUUUUGGAGGCUGCUUUACAGGUGCGGCUUUGAGAAACAAUAUUUGUUUAACUCUUAAAAUUUCAUUUCUCGUACUUUGCUGAUGUUUACCUAAUAUGUUUCCUUUGCAAUCACCUCAGAAGUCAGAGUGUACAAAUAUCAUAAUUGUCACAAAAGACUUGCAAGUAAGAUAAAAACUCUGGGACCUCAAACUAAGUUACCUGAGAAUUCAGUCUGUGGAGAAGAGUUCAUAAUGACUAUUUAACUAGGAAUGAACCCAAUCUAAAACACUCGAAAUCAAAUUGCCCGUAUUACAAGCUAUCUGCUUCUGUGGGUAGCAUCUGCUUGAAGAGAUUUAAUACAGGGGGAAAAGACUCAUAUUGAAUUUACACGUUACUGAUUAAGUACUUAAAUUUAUUAAAUUAAUGACUGAGGUCAAUUUUGAUAAGCAGGUUGACACAGUGGAUAGACAGAGCACCUCCCUGGGAGUCAGAAGGUCAUGGGUUCUAAUCCUGACUCUGCCACUUGUCUGCUGUGUGACCUUGGGCA